GAAGUUUCAAAGAGUCGAUACAACUGAAACGGUUUCAAAGAGUUAAUAUAAAGACUCGCGAUGUUUUGCGCACAAGCUCGAGUUUGGAAUAUCGCUGGCAGGUCGACAUCAAUGAGACUUCUUCGAUUGAGGACUCUUUUUACUCACGGAUCACAAGCCACGUACAUUGACGAAAUUAGAGAAAGCGUAAUUGGAAAACAGACGAAGAGAACCCAAGAAUCCACGUCGCCCGAAAAUGCACUGAAUGUUGUCUUUUUCGCAAAUAAACACAAUAGUAUGAGCCAAAGAUUGUGUUUGGAACUCGAAAAGCGAAACCAUCACGUUAAGGUUUUCGAAAUCAACAACAGUUCUGAAAUGAGCGAGGUAGCCAAAAAUCAACAGGCAGAUAUAAUAUUGGCGCCGUUUUUGACAAAAACCGUCCCCGAUGACGUGUGGAACAAUUCCGGAGUGCCUUGCAUCAUUGUUCAUCCGGGAAUAGAAGGAGACCGCGGCCGACAUUCCUUAGAUUGGGCACUUAAACAGCAACAACCGGAGUGGGGCGUGACUCUUCUCCAGGCCGCCGAAGAGAUGGAUGCAGGCGACAUUUGGAGCACCUUCAAUUUUAAAUUAAAUCGCACGAACAUCAACACUCUUACAAAAUCAAGCUUGUAUACAAAUGAGGUAACAGACGCUGCUGUGAGGUGUCUGCUGGAUACCGUGGAACGAUUCAGAAACGGACAGUCCCCGCGACCUUUAAACUAUGAAAAUGCAAAUGUUAAGGGAAAAUUAAUGGAGCCGCUGAAGAACGCUGACAGAACUGUAGACUGGAAACAACCCGCUGAGGAAGUUGCAUGCCGAGUGCGCAUGUCUGAUUCGUCACCCGGUGCCAUAGCAACGCUGUUGUUGAAAGAUAAUGGUAAAAUGUUAAAUGAAAAGUAUCGGGUAUUUGGAGCACAUUUGGAACAAGCAGACUCGUUUAACUCUCCCAGUUAUGAACCCGGACAGAUUAUCGCCCAGCGUCAUGGGGCGAUAUUGGUGAAAUGCGGUGAAGGCGCUAUAUGGUUGAGUCACCUUAAGAGAAAUAAAUUGAAACUACCAGCAACGUCAUGGCUAAAACAAAAUGGGAUAAGUAUCCCAAGCAUGCCCGAACCAAACCUGGAAAUAUUCAACGAAGCAUACCCUCGAACUUUCCAGGAAAUUUGGACAAAGCAAACUCCAGAUGGAGCGUGUUACGUUCAUUUCAACUUUUACAACGGAGCAAUGAACACAGAUCAGUGCCAAAGAUUAUCAAAUGCUCUGCGCAAAAUUGCCCGUGACGAAAACACCAAGGUCGUAGUUCUCAUGGGCGGACACAACUUCUUCAGCAAUGGAAUCCACCUCAACUGCAUAGAAAACGCGGCGAACCCGUCUAUAGAAUCGUUGCAUAACAUCACUGCUAUCAAUGACCUAGUUAGGGAUGUGUUUUCAAUGCAGGAUAAGAUCACGAUAUCUGCUGUCCAAGGCAACGCGGGCGCUGGUGGAGUGAUGAUGGCAUUAGCAAGCGAUUUGGUUCUAUCACGUGACGGUGUCGUCAUAAAUCCACAUUAUACAAACAUGAGCUUAUUUGGAUCUGAAUAUCACACGUUUUUCUUAGAGAGAAGAUUGGGGCGAGAAAAAAUGCUCCAGAUAACAUCCGGAGCUAAAAGUAUGUUGUCCUCAGAAGCGGUUUCAACUGGUCUUUUUGAUUGUAUCAUUGGAGGAAAUGUAACAGAAUUCCAAAGCGAACUGGAACAAGUGGUGACAAAGGUAGUUUAA